GAGGAAUGGUCUCGAUAUAAUCCACGUGUGCUGCGAGUAUCAUUCGUCGCGAGUUUUUAUCAUUCAAUGCUCAUGAUAGCCGGAACCGAAUCUUCCACGCUUUCUAGAGAAAGGACAGAGAGAAAUCCAGUCUUCAUCGCGACUUCUAAGAAACCAAUCCUUUGAAGGAAUCAAUCCUCGACUUUGAAGAUUUCAUGCCACAGAUUUCCGUAUCAAAUCAAUUUCGAGGUUGUUGCUUCUUUUUCCGACUUUCUAGGCCUUGAUUACUGCUGUAGAAACCUACUUGGGUUUGCAGAUUUCAAUCUCUGCUUCUCGAUUUUGGAAGAAAGGUAGGAUUUUGUGACUUGGGUUUUCUUCAUUUGAAUCCAUAGGUUCUGAAAUUCUUCUUUUGAUAUAUGGUUUUGGAGGUUUUUAUAUCUAUUUCUAAUACUUGAUUUUGGAAGUAAGAAUGGAUUUUUAGACGUGGGUUUUGUUCAUUUGAAUCUAUAGAUGUGGAAAUUCUUCUCUUGAUGGAUGGUUUUGGAGGUUUUUGGAUCAGUUCCUAAGUGGAAUUUUCUUUUUGUUUACAUAUUGCAGUAUCUAGUCCUUUGAUUUCUGAAGAAAGAUUGGAUUCUGAGAUAGGGUUUUGUUCAUUUGAAUCCAUAAAUGCUGAAUUCGUUCUCUACGGAUGGUUUUGGAGAUUUUUGGAUCGGUUCGAUAUUAAAAUACUAAAGCAGGUGUUCCUAGACUUAUCUGCAAACUGGUUUUGUUCAUUUCAGUCCAUGGAUGCUGAAAUUCUUCCCUUGAUAGAUGGAAUUGAAAGUUUUUGAAUCUAUUCCUAGGCGGGGGUUCUGCAAUUUUGUAGUUUAUCUGAGGUGGGAUUUGUUUUCUUGACAUAAUUGAUGCUAUAACAGGUGGUUUUUGAGGUUUUUGAGCGUUUAGUCUUCAUGGGUUUCUACCGGAAAUCCCGCGGUAAAGAUGCCGGAUUCCGCCGUAUGCUCCCCCUGGUUUUGGCUGUCCUGUUUGGGACCUUGGUUCUGGUUUACCUCCUUAGAACAAACACACUCUCCCGUCUUAUAGUCCGUUCUCCAGAUGAAGUCGAUGAAAGUUUUGUCUCUAACUAUAACACUGUUUUCUUGGGCUCUAGAGAGAAACCUGAAUUCCCGAAACAGACAGAGUUGUCGGUUUUGUUAGAGAAACGGAAUCAAUUGCCGUCCCGAAACUUGGAUCUUUUCCCAAAUUUAAAGAAAGAUCAUAUUAAGAUUGUUUUAUACGUACAUAACCGGCCUCAGUAUCUUCAAGUGGUUGUCGAUAGUCUGUCUAAGGUAGAGGGGAUUGGUGAAACGUUGCUGAUCGUUAGCCACGAUGGGUACUUUGAAGAAAUGAAUAAAAUCAUUGAGAGCAUCAGGUUCUGCCAAGUGAAACAGAUAUUUGCACCGUACUCGCCACAUCUUUUUCCUGACAGCUUUCCUGGUGUUUCGCCAGGUGACUGUCAGGAAAAAGACAAUCUGUCGGUGAAAAAUUGCAAAGGGAAUGCGGAUCAAUACGGUCACCAUCGGUCUCCGAAGAUUGUAUCAUUGAAGCAUCACUGGUGGUGGAUGAUGAAUACAGUGUGGGACGGUUUGGAUGAGAUGCGGAGGCACAUGGGCCAUGUCCUUUUCAUAGAGGAAGAUCAUUUCAUCUUUCCUAAUGCAUAUAGGAGUCUCCAGCUGCUUACGGGCCUGAAGGAGAAGAAGUGUUCUGAUUGCUAUGCGGCGAAUUUGGCACCUUCUGAUGUAACUUCUAAGGGAGAAGGAUGGGACAGGUUGAUUGCAGAGAAGAUCGGGAAUGUCGGUUAUGCUUUUAACAGGACAGUUUGGAGGAAGAUCCAUGCGAGGGCCAAAGAGUUCUGCUCUUUCGACGAUUACAAUUGGGAUAUAACGAUGUGGGCAACUGUCUAUCCAUCGUGGGGAACUCCUGUUUACACGCUGAGAGGGCCUAGGAGAAGCGCAGCUCAUUUUGGGAAAUGUGGUUUGCAUCAGGGGCAGGAGAGCGGUACUUGCAUCGAUAACGGUCAGGUGAAUGUUGGAAUGGAAGAGGUCGACAAGGUUGUUAACAUCAGACCGGAUUGGGAUGUCCAUGUGAUCAGGCGGCAAGCUGGCUAUCAAGGUGGAUUUAAAGGUUGGGGAGGCUGGGGCGAUGAGAGGGACCGGAAGCUGUGCUUGGAUUUUGCGGAUAUGUAUCACGUUGCAGACAAGUCAGCCAACUGAAGAGUCGAGUUUGCGCAUCUCCAAGGUGCUAUCAAAUUUGGGUGCAGGGUAGGGAAGCGUCUGUUUCAUGUGGGAGCAGAAAACCUUGGUGGAACGAAUCCAUGAGCAUGUUUUCAGUUGAAACUUGGAUAAGCACGUUGGCAUCGUUGGCUAUCGCUUUUUAUACUUGGGCUGUGCUUCCAGAUGGUGAACGGGUUUUAGUUGCCAGAAUCUUCUACUUGGUGCAGUAUGGAAAAAUAGCUGCUUUGAUACUGGUGUCAUAGUUGCAUGCGUGGUCUAUUUUUUGCAUGCCACCCGGCCUUCUGAUCACAUAAUUCCUAGAAGAACAGUCCAUUUAAGUGGCUUAUUUUA